AGUGACUCUCACUCACUCUGUCUGUCCGUCUGUCUGUCUGUCUGUCUGUCUCUUCUCUCUCUCUCUCUCUUCUCUUCUGUUCCUCCCCUUCCUUUUCCCUCAGUCUCUCUCUCUGCCUCUCUCUCAAUGGACUCUCCCGCAAGAUAUGGAGAACAGGAUUAAAGUGGUGCGCGAUGUAAGCGCCUUUUCGGGGUCCUUUCCUCAUACUGACCCUCGGAUUUUCCUGUCGGUCAGCAGGGACAAGAAGAAAUACUGUCGAGGGAGAUUGUAAGGUCGGCUGCUACGCCAGGGAAGAACGAAGACGAUACACAUAACACUCAUUCAAACACAUACACAGCACACACGCACAUAGUUACAUAUAUACACUUUCUUAGACACUCACACAUAGAUGUAUGUAUGCACACUGACAAAGACACAAACACAGACAUAGAAACAGACAAACAUACACGCACACACCGUCAUCUGCAAUCUCCUUCCUUCCAUUCGGGCGAACGAGGAAGGAGGACGCCGUUCUUUCUUGUUUAAUAUGGCCGGUAUAGCAACAGCAACGGUUCACAUAGGAUGUAAUAUCUGUUUCAAACAUGGAUUUACGAGUGGAUGGUUAUAGCUGCGAAGGUGGCCCACCGCCGCCUGAACCGCGUUCUAGGAAAAUGUCUCUGUCACCUUGGGAUAUGGGUGGUAUUAGCAGUGGUAUUGGAAUGGGUUUCGGUUUGUAUCGGCCCCGUCGUCCGAGCUACCUUUAUGCAACGCAAGUCAAUCGACAACGGAGCGAGAGCUAUCGACAUGCUGUACGCAGGGAGAAUGCUGAUGUCCUUGAACAGACCGAUGAUUUCAUUGACGGAAUGCUUCAGAGAAAGCGUAAAGAAAGCUAUAUGAAAGCAACCCGAAAAAUUGAGGAUGUCGAAUUAGAAUCGUUCCAAAAUAGAUUGACGGCGCCCGAAUUGGCACUAAAGCCGGGCGAAGUGCAGAGAAAUAGCAGUUUGGUAAGUAACAGUACAAAGAAGGAGAGGCGGAAACCCAAGCGUGACACACGCAAUUCUCACGUCGUGUUUCAGGAACCCGAGGAGAGUGCUUGUCCAAGUGAAGACGGAACUAUUGCACCAUUUGUUGUGUUCACUUUUAAAAAGAACCUCGUGCUGAUUUGUAUCAGCUUCAUUUUAACUUUCUCGGCAUUUUGCGCGAUUCAAAACCUGCAGUCUUCCAUCAAUUCCGAAGGAUACCUGGGUAUAAUUUGCAUGAGCUGUGUGCAUGGCAUGAUGUUGGUCACCUGUCUGGCAGCCCCAUCCAUUAUCAAUAAACUAACUGCCAAGUGGGCCCUCGCCCUGGGGAUGUUCUGUGACAUUGUAUGGGUGGGAGCAAACUUUCAUCCACUUUUCUACACACUCAUCCCCAGUGCCUUGCUGGCCGGGUUCGGACAGGGUAUUUUGUGGCGCGCUGAGGUUUCCUAUAUCCUCAAAUUGGCUUUCGAUUCCGCCCGCGUACGGAAGGACAUUCUUGAAUACGAGAUCUUCCGGUUUCAUGGAAUUUUCUUAGCUUGUUUCCAAACCACACACAUCUGGGGCAACUUGAUUUCCUCAUUAAUUCUCAGUACCUCCUCCAAAAAAUCACCAACUCUUAAAAUAGAUGAUGUUCAGACUAAUCAAUGUGGUGUUCUGGAUUCAUGUUCCCAUGAUAACGUCCUUUACGGGAAACAUUUGUUACAAUCCAACAAAGACGCGACUGGCCUGCAUUUAAAGAUUCAAA